CAGCGGAGAUGGGUCUCCAGCUAGGCUGCCUGCAGCCCCCGCUGCCAACUCGGUUGCCGUACGCAGCUCCAGCUCCCCUGAUUCCAAACCGCGCUCCCGCCCCUCGCAGCGGAAAUUGAGGGGAGGACCGGGUGGGGGGGUGGCCGCCGCCGCCGCCGCCACUAUUGCUGCCCUCCUCCUGUGAGCGGGAAGGGGGAGCCGCUCCCACCCUGCUCGGUCCUUGCUGCCGCCACCCUCCCCCGUUCCCUUCUCCUCUCGCGUGCUCAGGCCCUAAGCGGAGCCCCGGCGUCCCCUCCUUUCCCGCUCCGAUGAUGGACAGGAACUACCCACCAGCCCCCAGCUACCCGGAUCCGCUGGCUUCGGUCGCCGCCGCGGCGUCCUCGCAACCCACCACCGCCUGGGCCUACGAACGGGGCGCCGGCAGCCUCAAACCCAGUUUAAGCUAUGGAGGAGGACAUCCAUCUCCCUCGGAAACAGAUCUUCUUCACCGCCAAACAUUCACAGCUUCUCAUCAGCUUCCUGCAUAUGCUACCACACCUCAUUCCACUGGUCUUUCUGGAAUUUUUGAUAACACUAUGCACAGUGGCAGUAGCAACACUAAAGAAACAUCAGUUAUGAAUUUCCUCUCCGCAAUUGAAUCCCGCAAUGCUCAGGCUGUUUCUUCAGGAACCACUCUCUUACCACAAUUUAGGGCUCCAGCAUGGCAGCCAGGAAUGCAUUCAUCAACAGAGCUUUUUGUUACUGGAGCAUUGCCAGCCUCUGGAACCUUUCCAUCUACUUCAGCUUAUCAGCAUCCCAAUGCUUUUAGCAGUAGAAACUUUGCUACUACCCCUUCUCUGCCCCUUCAAGAUGCAACUUUCAGUGCAACAUCUAAUGGGCUGCUAACUGCUCAUGACCCUUUAUUGCAGAUCAAGACAUCCCAAGGCACAGUUCCUGCUGCAUUGACAUUUGAGCGCCUGGGCAGUUCUGUGUUAAGUACCAGUAUACCACCACAGUCUUCAACAUAUCGCUCUGCUCAAGAGUCUGCACCCCAUCUUUUGCAGCCACAGUUCAGUUUGUUGCCUUCAUCACUUGGAGGAGCUCAGCAGGCUCCACAGGUAUAUAGUUCAACUCUGUUUACUGGUUCUACUGCCUCCAUUGAAAGAGCACUGCAGCGAGAAUGCAGUGUUAUCAAGCACCAUCAGCGGCCUUCAAGCACACAGUCUGUCCAGGCACAACUGACUGGUUCACAACAUUCCCUACACAACUAUUUGUCAAGUGCAAGUGGAACUGAUUUUCAGGAUACUUCACGGCAGUCAUCCCUAUCUUGUAGCCCUGUUGGAGAUGCUACUCAGGUGAGCAGUGGUGGACCACAGCAGAAGGCCUCUCAAGUUUCAGUAGAACUUGCUCAGUCAUAUACAUCAGCACUUCCAUCUCCUGGUUUUCCCUCUGUUUCCACUGCAAAGGCAAAACAAUGUUCUACAAAGCAGCCACCAAGGUCAACAAAGACCCCUAAGCCACAAAGUGUAGACCCUACUGUGCAGACGCAAAGCUAUUCCAAAACUGCACAGAGUCAGAAUUCUGUAAUAGCAAGUCAAGCACAAAUCUAUUCUACAGCCCAGCUUCCAAGCCUCUUGUCAGUAAGCCAAUCACAAAAUUAUGUUUCAACACAGUCGCAGAAUGUGCCAUCUGUCAGCCAUGCACAAGUAUUCUCAACCAUCAAAGUUGAGAAGCUGCCAUCAUUGUACAAAACACUUGCUUUUGCUGGGCCAUCUCAAGCUAUUACUUCUGAUAGUCAGACACUAAGUUAUUCUUCAGAUCAGCAGGUAUUGAAUACAGUUUCCAAUGAUAACUACUCUGGGCAAACAAGGGAUCUUUCUGCAGACAGCCAAUCUCAGAAUUAUUCUUCAGGUCACUCUCAGGGUUUAUCAACAGUUAGCCAAUCAGAAGUUAACUAUUCAUCUCAGUCACAAGUUUUGUCAGUUGUUAGUCUUUCAGAAACCUAUACAACAGGGCAAUCUUUAACAUCACCAUCCCUUCCAUUUUCUUCCUCUCCUCAUACUCAAAAUAUGUCAUCCUCUAGCUCUCCCCCGAACUAUAUUUCUCUACAUUCUCAGCCUCAAGAGUCAUCUUCCCCACAGAAGUUUUUGCCAGUUGUCCAGUCAACUCCUUUUGUAAUGCCAGGUCACUCACAAGCAUUACAGAACAACAGAUCUUCCUCAGAUACAAAGUCCUACGUUAAAAGGAAAUCUGACCCUAACUUGUAUCAAACAUCUAAACAAGAAGAUCAGUUCCCAAUGCAAGAUUUGCAGGCAUUACAACAGCAAACAUCUCUUGAUUCCUCCCCUCAAAGGUUAAAUGAUGGUGAAGUUAGCGCUCAGGAUACAGCUUACAAAGUUUCCAAAGCAGAUAAUCGGUAUUCUCAAAGUGUAAUCAGAAGCAACUCUCGCCUUGAAGAUCAAGUUGUUGGGCUUACUCUUCAGGGAUCAAAAAAAGAUGAAAGAAUGGUUAGCUCUGCAGCACAGCUCACCCAACAAAUUGGCCAUAUCACUAAUGUAGUAAGCCAUGACAUUAAAAAGGCAGCUAAUUUAUUGCCAACAACCCAAGUAAAUGUGGAAGGUAAAGAACUAAACGAGCAGCAUUCUCUUCUGCAAAAGGUACAUGAAACUAAAGUCUCAGAGCAACAGGGCCAAGUUAUUAGCACAGCACCACAGCUGCACACUCAGGCCAUAAGGCACAGCCAUCAGCUAUGCUUACCUAGUGCACAGGUUCUCCUAGAAUCUGCCUGUGAUUUACAAAUGCUUCAGCAGUCAAUAUUGCAGUCUGGCUUAGGGCACACAAAAAUUUCUGCACAAGCACAGCGCAUUCAGAGCUCUCAACAGAUGACUCACUCAUUUCUUCAGGUGGAUGGUCACAUGAUUCAGAGUAAUGGAGGUCAUUCUCAGCAACAGCUUCAUUCUCAAAACUCUGAAGUUAUGAAAAUAGACAUUUCCGAGCCAUCAAAGCCACUUCAGCAACACUUGACAGCAAAAGAUAAUUUUGUGCAGCAAAAUCAUGAAUCCAAGAAUCAGUUUGUUACCCUUAGUUCUGUAUGUUUUCCAGAGUCUAUGCUCCUUAAUGAUGAGAGGAAUAUACUGUCUAAUGUCGAUGAUAUUUUGGCGGCAACUGCUGCAGCAUGUGGUGUAACUCCAUCUGAAUUUGCCAAAUCAACAUCUAAUCCAGAAGAAAUUCAGGCUGUUGAAAAUAGGGAUAAUUCCAAGUCUCAGUUUCAGACAGUAGAUGUCAGACAUGUGACUCCUAGCUUCAGUGCCUCACCAACAGUUGUUGGAAAGCCAUUGAACAUAAAUAAUAUUUCAUUGAACGGAGGGCAGAUUACUCUAAACCUAACAGCAGUGCCUACGGUGCAGCCAAAAAAUAGGAGCCUUGACCAACAACAGAUGGAGACUCCUGAUCAAAGUAUUCCCAGUAGAGUUGCCACAUCAGAUCUUGAAAGGAGGCAGGAACAGGUUUCUGGUCUAGUUAAACAGCAGUCUAGCACCAGUAAUGAAUCAGAAGUUAAAAAUGAUGUUAAUAUGGAUGGUACACUAAGUAUGAAGGCUAUCAACCUUGUUUCAAGUGGUAGGAUUCUAAAUGAAGAGAGUGUAGGAUCAAAUAGUGAUUUUAAUAUGGAGAAAGACAAUAUAAUGACAGGUAGCAAGGCUAAAGUCCCAUUGCAACCAAUAUCUAUGCAACAGCCAAGAGAUGAAAAUGGUAAUAAAGCUGAAGAUGAAAGCCAUAAUUUAUUACAUGAGGACCUUCAGAAGCAAAAAGACAGAGGACAAAAUCAAGUUAAAAACGCUAAUGAGGAUGACAUAAACCAGAAGCAGCUAAAGCGAAGUGCACAAGGUAAACGUCAAAAUCCAAGAGGAACUGAUGCCAACUUAUUAUAUUGUCCAGUUCCUGAAAGCUGCCAUGAAACUUACCAACAUCAAGAAAAAAUGAGGCAGAAAAUUAAAGAGGUGGAAGAAAAACAGCCAGAAGUCAGAACAGGAUUCAUCGCAUCUUUUUUAGAUUUCUUAAAAUCUGGACCCAGACAACAGUUUUCAGCUCCUGCUGUCCGUGUGCCUAAUCGUGUAAGGAGACCUGUUACUCCAGUUGUUAGAACACCUUGUCUGCAUCCCCUUUCAAAACCACAGACUGUGACAACUCCUGCAUCCCUUGAAAGCAGUGUUGAAAGUUCAAACAAAAAGGGUAAUGGGGAACCUAAGAGAAAUUCAGAAGCAUUGCCUUCAUUUUCCUCUGAUGAAGAUUCUGUAGGGGGCAACCAGGAUCUUCAAAAGAGCAUCACUUCUGCAUUAUCAACUUUGGAUGAUACUUCUGACAAAAAGAAAAAGCCAGAAAUAGAGAAGACAGUUCCUAAAACCACUGCAAAUACUGUUGUAAAGAAAGAAUCUUCCAGUAUGACUAUUCCUGUGACAGAUCCUCAGGUGAAAAUCUGCUUAGCACAAUCUGAACGGGAAGGCAGUGAUACAGACCACUUAGCAAAAACCCAGGCAUCUGUUGCAAUAGAAGGAUAUAUUGAGGAUGACAGUGGAGACAGUGGAGGCGAAGGCAUGUACAGAGAACGGGAUGAAUUUGUAGUGAAGAUUGAAGAUAUAGAAUCACUGAAGGCUGCAUUAAAAACAGGAAAGGAGCCUCCAGCUAUCUGGAAAGUUCAAAAAGCUUUGUUGCAAAAAUUUGUUCCUGAAGUGCGAGAUGGUCAUAGAGAAUUUGCAGCUACUAACAGUUAUCUUGGGUAUUUUGGAGAUGCAAAAUCAAAGUACAAGCGAGUAUAUGUGAAGUUUAUAGAAAAUACAAACAAGAAAGAAUAUGUUAGGGUGUGUUCUAAGAGACCAAGAAAUAAACCUGUACAAUCUGCAAGGACUAUUCAUUGCAAGCCAAACACUAGCAUCAACAAAGUUCCUGAUUGCCCAGCACCAAAAACAACAACAGUAACAACAAAAGCUGCUUCAGUGAAACCCAAAGCUAAACAGCCAAAGAUAAAGGCUGAACCACCACCAAAGAAACGAAAAACAUGGAAAGAAGGAUUCCCCUCUGCUCCUCAACUCCAGAGUGAUGAGGAAGAUACUGGACCUCCAGCUCCUAUUGUUGCUCGUUUUUUGAACACCAGAGCUAUGAAGGAAACAUUUAGGAGUUAUAUGGAACUACUUGUUAGCAUUGCCUUGGAUCCAGAUACUAUGCUGGCAUUGGAAAAGAGUAAUGAUGAGCUGCUUUUGCCUCACAUGAGAAAAAUUGAUGGCAUGCUGAACGAUAAUAGAAAAAGGCUGCUUUCCAAAUUACAUUUAGAGCGUUCAUUCAAGGCUGCUUUGGAAAGCUUUCCGGAACUGACAAUAAUCACUCGUGAUUCUAAAACAAAAAUGGGAGUCAGUGCAGUUUCUAGAAUCAAAAUGAAUGGCAAGGCUUAUAACAAGAAAACAUUGAAGAUUUCUAAAGCAACCACAAAAUUAGCACAGGAGUUUGCUGUUGAUCCAGAAAAAAUUCCAUUGUGUUCUUUGUAUCAUUCACUCCAUCAUUACAAAUACCACAUGUUUCUGAGGUGUAAAGUAGAGAUUUCAUCUGUUCAAAAGAAGAAUGCAGAUCUAGGCCAGGAGCAGAUUGUACAACAAUGCAUGAAAAAUAUAAAAUGGGUAGAGGACCUUUUUGAGAAGUUUGGUGAACUGUUGAAUCACGUACAGCAGAAAUGUUCAUAACAAACUUUGCCGCAAAUUACUUUUUUUUCUUUCACAUGUUUCAAAAGAAACUGAAAGUCAGAAGCUCUGAUCAUGCUAGACUCUAUUCUAAGUCAGAAGGAUUUGUUGUGUUCUUGGUUCCUUGGCUUCUGAUAAGGAAAAUUACACAGCCAUGCAAAUAGAACUACAAAUGAACCUCACUGCAUUUUUAACCUGAAGUAUGAUUUUUUUCUAUUUUGUAAAUUCUUAUAUUGAAAUAACUUUUGGGGUUAUUUUUCACAGUUGAUCAAAGCAUGCACUAAAUAUAUAUAUUUUUUGGCUAUGAUGAAAAUAAGAAUUAAAAUGUCAUGGCUUUUUCUGACUCUGAACACUAAGAAGAGUCUGGGUGGUAAAUAUUUACAUUUCUCUGACUUACCAAGUAGAGUCUUGAACAUUUUGAAAACAGAGCAAGUAUGACAGGAAAUUCUAAUUAUGAAUAAUCACCACCAUAGAUUCUGUUUUAUAGACUCCUUUUACUGCUGUUCUGUUCAGUUGACUGGACAUGGAAUUGGUGCAAUCCUGUGACUGCUAUUUUGUGUCAAAUUAUAUUGUAAUGAAAAACAAUGACCAUAACUAUUUUCCCUGUUUUUGAAGAAAAACUUAUUUUUCUUUAUACUGUGCUUUUUCCCCUUUGGAAAGAAAUCAAUUGUACAUUUUAUCUCAAUAAUAGCUGUAUUUUUCACAGAGAAAAUAUUGUGGCUUAAAAUUCUUUCAUGUAUCUUUGUAAUACACUUCCUGUUGCUUUCCAUAAAUCCUGUUCAUUUUAUAUAUUAAUUUCAUAUUGUAAACUAUGUAUCUUGAGAUAAUCCUUUUGUUUAUACAGGUUUGCUUCAGUGUUAACCAGGAAUAAGACAUACUACUAGACUUUAUAAGUUUGCUUUAUAAGUAUAGUUGUGUUUAAACACUGCAUUUUAUUUUCUGAUACAUGGAAAUAAAUUUCUUACUAAAAUGUCUUGAUUAACUGAAAGUUUCAAUGAACAGUUACUAUAUUUGUCUUCUGGACAAUGAGGACUGAUGAUUGAAUGGACUAUAUGCAGUGUUAAACACAGCCAACAUGGAUGUUUUUUAGAACUGGUAAUGGCAGAACUGUUCACUUCUUGGUGCCUUUUCAGAUCCUCAGACAUACUUCUAUAUUGUUUUUCUCUGCUGAGUUAUUCUUAAUCAGUAGCACCUAGUAGUCACACUUAGGCUACAAAUGUGUUAAGCGCAGAUCAGUAGGAAAAUUUCUUCAUUUGCCAACAGAAUGCCUUACCUCAGUCAUUGAUUCAAGAUAUGUAAGUCCUCUGCUUGGAGUUGUGAAAAGACUGAACGUAUUGUACUUUGUCAGAUAAUAUAUGAAAAUAAUUCAUUUGUCUUUUCACUGCCACUUAGUGCCUUAAUUUCAGCCAAGAAAGCAGGAUUCCUCAUUCACUAGCCAACCAGGAUAUUCUUGUAUGUAGCAUGGUGUAUUUUCCUUAGUUGUACAUAUGUUCAUUGCACCUUAGAUUUGUAAAGUAUAAUGAAGGGCUGUGUUCAUGAGCAAUUAAAAUAGGAUUUCAAAAUAUCAAAGGAUAGCAUUUUUUUAUCUUUAUCUGUCUUACUGUGCUGGACAAGCUCUGCAUUUUCAAAAAAUUACUUCAUGUUUUUGGUACUCUUCAUUUCUCUGUGAGGAAAAAAAACUCAGUGAAAAAGCUGGUAGAGUUUUCUGUUAGUAUUUGUUUAAAAAUUUCUCAUAAUGCACUUGCAUUGAAAAAGCAAGAUUUUGUUACUGUGACUGUACGUAUACUAUAUGUCUGCUGGUCCUGUAGCAGAAUCAGUGGUCUUAGAGUUAUACAAUGUUAGGGCUGCAUCUUGAUCCUUUGCUUAGAAAUGUUUUGAAGCAUACAUCUACCUGCAAGGAAGACACCAAUGCUGCUGAAUUAUUUUGGAAAUUUCAAUAUGAACACACUUCCUAGAAACAGAUGUAUAUCUUAACUCUUCACUGAUAUUUUAAUCCUAAUAUCCUGUACCCACUUAUCUGGGAGUAAAUCUCAUUUAACCCAUUGGGACUUACUUUUGAGUAGACUUGUGUGGGAUUGUUCUGUAAGACUACUUUGUGUUAGAAAAAGAUUAGUACAUUCUUUUUAUAUUAUAAAUGCAAUAUUCUUAAGACCAUCGUGUAAAUUACCUGCUUGUUUGGAGGAUGGUAUGGAAGGGAGAUAUAGCAGCCAUAUAUAUAUAUAUAUAUAUAUAUUGAAAUUAAGGUUCAGAAAUGCAGACCAAAAAAAUUUACAAUAAAUUAAUAUACAUUUCAACAUUCAUGGAAUACUUGCAUGUAAUGUAAUAAUAAUAAUAAUAAUAAUAAUAAUAAUAAUAAUAAUAAUAUAGGGAGAACAUGACUGACUCCGAUAUAUGAAAUUAUAACUUACUAAAUCAUUUAUGGCAAAUAAAGAACACAAGUAGGUGAUUAACAUUAUUCAUAUGUUAUGCUCCUCUUUUAACAGGUGAAACUUUCAGAGAUCUGUUGCAAACUCUUUUUAAAAUCAUUUUUUAUUUAGCUGGAGGGGGUGGGGAAGAGUCAGGGGAUUCAACUUGCAUGAAAGUCAUUUUGGGCUACAGUCCUAAACUCACUCACCUCAGAGUAAGCCUGUAGUCAGUGAGACUUACUUCUGAGUAUAGGAUUUAGGAUUUCACUUUUGGCUUUCUAUUUCAUUUCUAGGGUAAGUAGAGGGCAACUCUCAAGUAAAGAAUGUAGAAGAAGCUCCUCAGGACUCAGCUCCUCUUUCACAUCAACUUGCCCCUUCUCAAUGUUUUUCAUGGAACUUCAGUACCUUGCAGAAGACUUGGGUGCCUCUUCUAGAGUUCUCAGUUUAUGCAGAGCACUGAUAAGGCUACUGGGUUGCAAUCAAAGCCCCUUGUGAGCUGCAAAUGUGCUUUGGAACAUACCUAGUGCUGUGCUUUGCACUGCAGGGAAAAUUGGGUGGGUAACUUAGCAGCAGUGUUUUUGUUAUAUUUGUCCACACUUAACAUUUUCAUUAUGGUAUCACUAAUAAGCUUCCAGGAAAUCCCAGUGUUCACUGAAACAUAAGAAAACACCUAUGUAGGAGGAUUUCUGAGACAGUCAAAAGACUAAUUUUGGGGAAUGAAGUACCAUUUGUGCCAAAUAUAAAUUAGGAUUUUAGGUUUCUUAUACCAACAAGAGGUGGAGAAGAUUAUGGCCACAGUCAAGGUAAUAUUUCCUGAAUGGAAUGUUCAUAUUGAAGAGAUACAGUAUCAGCAGUCCAGAAAUAAGUUGAUUGCUCAUUUGAUUUCUAAACAUAUGUUAGAAUACCCUAUAGGCCAUUAAGUAUAUCGCUUAGGCUACAGUCUUAAAUAUUUUUCCUUCCAUUGUCUCCUGCAAAUACUUUUGCGUGUAUGCUUUGACAUUCUUGGGGAAAUUGUCGGAACACUCACAAUAAAGAGUUUUAAAGAUUUUGUGCAGCUAAAGCCCUCACCUAAAUAUGCUGAAAUCAUUGGGAAUUGCUCCCACUUUCCAGUUGGGAUAUAACUUAUUUAAAUACUUCAGAACAUGUAGUUAUAUUCCCCUAAUAUCACAAGAGAAUGGAACUGACACUCUACAGAGAUGCAUUGAUUUUCAAAUGUUCAGUACCUACUAAAAUGUAAAAUCUUGAUAAUUUGGUAUAAUUUAGAAUGUGAUACCAAUAAGGGCAAGCUAACAAACUGAUGUACUGUGUAAAACUCUAGGUUAUGGAAUCCUUUGCUUAGCAUUGUUUCAUGUUCUGAUCUCUAUAAAGAAUGCAUAGCCUGUGAUCUUUUCCUUUCAAGCUUCUGUCAUCAGUGAAAUAGCUGGAUUGUACAGCCUUCUUUAUCAGGACAUUGUAUCAUUUCCCUUUGCUUUGAGUAAUAUAUGUUAAAAGGAAACUCAAACUGUCUUCCAAUAAGCAGUCUUCAUAGAGGAAAUAUAUUUUAAAUAUUUAAAAUUUUACUACUAUUUAAAGUAAUUUAAAAAUGAGCAAGCCAAAACUUUUAGGAAAUGGAAAAUCAGUGUAUAGUAACUUCAAUUUUGUCGAUGACAAUUUCAUGUUUGGCAUCAUACGCUAACAUAAUUUUUGUAUAUUGUUAUUCAGAGCACAUCCUUCUAUAUAUCUUCUUAUUUAAGUUAAUAUUCACAUGUCAUUUACAAAUGCAUGAUAAUACUUAUCCUUUGUGUACUGCAAAAAUUAGGGCAGGACUAAAGAAGGAUGCUUUUUCGUCCCUUUUCAGGUGGUCCACAAUGUAUAGAGUUAUGAAAAAGUCACAGUUUUUUGUAUUGUUGGUUUGAUGUUACUAAACUCAUUAAAGUGAAAAUACUUUUUCAAAA